CAAAGGUGUAAUAGAAUUGUACCGUUUUUAAUUUCUACAAAUUGUUGAAAACAUUUUAAGCCUGUAUUCUGUGCCGUCGCCUUGUAUUGUACUUAGGUACAGUAAAAAUCUGAUGUUAUAAGUCUUAUUCACGGAGUACAUUGAACUUAUAGGUCUUAAUUAUUGUUUGAUGUAAUGGCGACGUUGGAAGACGAGAACAAGCAUUUGCGGGAGAAAAUUGAAUGGUCGCAGACAAACAAUGAAAUUAUACAGAAAACUCAGUAUUUCAAGAUGCUGGUUGCUCAGAAAGAAGAUGAAAAGCUGGCCCUCAUGAAAGAAAAUAACGAAAUAAGGCUAAAAUACAGCAGGUUCAGAAACAACGUUGAAUUCCAUCUAAGAAAACUGGAUGCUGCAUUACAAGAAGCCAGCGAGAAAGCCAUUUCACAUCUGGUCCAAGCAUCAGCGGAAAUAGCUAAGAGCAUGGAAUUCGUUAAGCAGUGCAUGAGAGAAAGUCGGGAGAUGGAUGCGUCUCCAAGAUGGAGUGCUAUCAGUGAUACCCAGAGUUCAGGAAAGAAGGAGAAGGUUCACCGAGUCCCCCCCAUGGUGGGAGGACAGUCUAUACAGCCAGUGGUGGCACUCAGCAGGACUUUGCUGAAUACUAGUAAUACAAGGUCAACAACUAGUAGUCCCAAUCAUAGUAAUAUAACACAGAGAGCAGUUCCUAUGCACAUGUUACAAGAUGUGUACAUACCACUAACAAGGAUAGACAUACCUACCGCCAACAUGGAUGUGGACGCCAUCAUGGAGGAUAAUGCCGACGACAGCACUGACGGUUUACUCGAGGGUGAAGAGGAGAUCAGGGAAUCCGAUGGUCACAUAUCGGAAGAAGAUGAAUUUGAGACAAGUAGACUUGAACCUGUCAGUGAGGAGGAUUCUUCAAUCAACGUCAGAGAUGUUGAACCAGCAAGACUCAGGCUACAGAGUGACAGACAGUCAGACGGUGCCUCCAGUAGUGGUAGAAAUUUAGAGCCGGACUCUACGACAGAAGUUGAGAAAACGCCCGCAUCUAGUCGAAACGAAGUAAACACAGAGCCGUACUCGCCACGACCCAACUCGGCUAGAAGGAACAGCACAAGCGGUCGUGUACUCAAAGUAUUAGUAGCGAAGAUGCGCUUAGAGGGCGGGACUCCCGCCAAGCGAGCGCGGUCGCCGCCGCCCUUCAACGCGCCUAGCCCCAAGGGUGCCACCGACUCCAGAGUUAUCGUGUCUGAAUCGGGUUCGCUAAACAAAGAAACAUUAGAACAAGCUCAAACAGUAAGUCGUCGAGACAGCCACAGUUCUCAAGCUGUGAGAGAGAGGGCGCCACAGUCGCGAGUACGAAGAUGUACGACGAGUGGCGAGCGAACACGAGCGGAGGACUCAAGAUGGCCGCGAAAGUCACCACAGGCUACCGAGCCAAGACGGCGACAGCGCUCGCAGCCGCCGUCACAGCCGCGACAGCAACAGCCGUCAACGCGACAACAGUCGUCAGCGCAGCUGCGACAAUGACGGCCAUCAGCGCAACUGCGACAAUGACAGCCAUCAGCGCAGUUGUGAAAAUGACAGUAGACAGCGUAAUCGUGAUAGCGACAGCAGUGGCGCCGGUGACUCCAUCAGCGAGGGACGGACGCGCAGGACGAGGAAACCCGUCACA